AUGCGCUUUUUAAUUCUGUCAACACUCCUGCUGGCAUCGCUGGCGGCCAGCCAGGCUCAGAAUGUCGAAAUUGAAAAGCAAAGGCUGAUCAAAUUUCCCGACGAUUUCGAUCCCAGCGAGCGCCAACCGUCCGACACAUUGCCCAAGCCCGACAAGGUGGACGAGGCCAAACGCAUACUCGAACAGAUAGCCAAGGUGAACGAACAGUUUGGUUAUGUGAAGAAACAGCCGGAAAAGCCCAAACUACCGCCCAUACUCGACUCGAGUCAGUAUUUAUUCCCCAAGCCCGCCUAUCAGCCCUUCCAUGCGCAACAGCACCAUUUUCCGGGCAGCAACGGGCAGACCCUGCUCGAACCCUCGAUACGUGCUGUGAAGCUGACGCGUGACGGGCUCCUGGCCUACAAUGUGCCGCCCAAGGUGGGUAACCCGGCCAAGAGUGAGAGCAAAAAGGAGAAGCCCCCACAGCUAUAUUACCGCCCCAGUCAGGUGCUGGUGCCUGCGCCCAGUUCUCCGGAAGAGGUCAAACAGUUGCCCGCACAUUUCGCCAUUCCCGUCCACUUGUAUAAACUGAAUAAGGAGCAGUAUUUGAGGGAACAUGCACCGCAGGAGUAUCGCGUGAAGGGCUACAAAAUCAUUGGCGAUGUUGAUAGUUUUUACGGCAAGGCCAAGUCUAUUUCCCAGCGGGGCAAGAACACGCCCAAGUAUCAUCUAUUCUUUUUGCCACGUGAGUUGGCGCUCAAUGAAGAUGGCACGCUCAAGAAUGGACCUAGCAACUCGAAUAGCACCACAACCAAAGCACCGCCGCCCUCAACUAGUCCUCCCCCAACUAUCAGCAGUGCUAAGGAAAAGGAGUCCCGCUUGGAGGACAGCAAUAACAGAGAGAAGCUGUCGGGUCGUCCGUACCGCGUGCAAGCUAGUGCCUCCAGCAACAGCGCUCAAGACGCCCACAGCCAACAUAUAAACACCCAGGCCCAGCUCCAGAGCAAUCGCAAGCGCAUUAAGCCAUUGCGGAACAAGGAAACCCAAGUAAAUGCCAUGGCCCAACAGUCGCUGGCCGGCGGCGGCGUGGCCACGCUCUCCUCCAACAUCAGAAUAACCCCAGCACCGAGUCAUGCUGUCAAUGCUCAGUCGCAGGCACAAACAGCAACGGCAUCCGCAUCCCAAACCAACGCCAAUCCCAAUCUGAGUCCCAAUCUUAAUGGGGGCGUUGAACAACUGAUGCCCACUCGUAAUCGCUUGAAUCCAUUUCGCGUGACAAACAUCAAUUUGGCCGACAUGCAGAAUCAGACCUCGACGGCCAUAAAGAAUGCAUUCCAGAACAUUUUCAAGUUUCCCUUUCGGCCAGCCACUGCGGACCAACAAGCUGUGACUGCAGCAUCACCUGCAGUGAUGGAGAGCGUGCCGCUCCAGUCGCCUCAUCAGGCACUCGCACAUCCCGGCCCCAUGCAGCCCUUCUACACCAUCGGCGCUCAACAGUACGAUUACAAGUGGGACGAUGAUCAGGAGGGUGCGGGCGAUGGCAGCAACAGCAGCGCCAACGAAGACGACACCAUCGAGCAAGUGGACAAUAAUGCCGCCGAAAUCGACAGCAGUAUGUCGGCUGAGAAGCAUCUGUUCGCGCACAAGGCCCAACACUUGAUGCACAGUGUGGGAGCAUUGGCCACAGCCCAUCAUGGCACCCAGAAGCAGGCUCUGCGCGAAGGCGGCAUCAUCAUACAGCGGUUGAAGGUGCGCAAGGGCGGCAUAGCGAUAGCGGGUCCAGGGGGCGUGGCUACUGCCGGCAGUGGCGGCACAGCGAUUGUCGGCCCCGGCGGCUAUGCGCUCACGCAUCCCCGUAGCCUAACGAUUGCUGGUCCCGGUGCCAAAGUUAUAGCCAUACCAGCCGAUGUCGAUCUUAAGAACGCACUACAGCGCACAAAUCUCGAGGCUAAGAGCUUUCCCCGCGAAGGUAAAGUGGUCGCCACUGGUCCUACAGUCUAUUAUGCGCCGCCCACGGGCACGGACUACGGAUUAGAAGAGGAGGAGGAGCCACAGUUCCAGGGGCCUCCACAUUGGCGCCUCGCAAGUUACGAAACUUGGCCGCUACGCCAAACGCCAUUACUGACCUAUGCAGCGCCUGCCCCCGCACCAGCAGCCGCUGCCGCACCCACGCCCGAGAAGCUCCAAGUUGCUGCUCAGUCACAGACUCAGCCAGAAGAGGCUAAGGAGCAGCCAGUGUUGCCAAUCGGUGCAUUUUAUCAAGCUCCUGCUAAGCUCCUGCUGCUGAACUCGCCGUAUUUUGCAGCCUACAGUUUGCCUCUGGCUUAUGUGGCGCCAUCUAACGUUCAAGCUGAGCUUGCGACAACAACAACAACCGUCAAGCCCGCAGCCGGCGAAAAAGAAGACGAAGAAAUACGAAAGCUAGAAAUGGAGAUUGAAACGUUGCAAAAGCUUCAGGCUGCCGAGUCACAGAGCCAAGACACAAACCCAGCGGCGGGAGAUCUGAAGAACGAUGUACGUUUGCGCGCAGCCAUUGGAAAAAUAAAUCCGAACUAUGUGAUCGAGGAAAUUGUCACAGUGCCGGGCAAACAUGUGAUCUCCAGCACAUCACUGCAACGAUUGCGCAUCGAGAACCAAAGACUGCUCGCAAGACAGGCACAACCUGCCAAGCUACGCAAGGCUGGCAAAAAAGUUCGAGUAGUGCCACCCGUUAAGGUGGAGGCCACAGGACGCACUCGCACAUCGGGCAAUGUGCCACAAAUACCCUUCGGCACAUACUUUCUGCCCUACCACAGUGACCAGGCACAGGCCAUAAAUGGACGGAAACAGGCUGCGCUCAUACUGGAGCCCCACUCCAAGGCCGUUGUAGGCAAUGGUGGCACAGCCAUUUCCACCCCAAUUUCGAAGGCGCUGCUAAAGAAGGGAGUGCCCACAAAUGUCUACUUUAAUCCCGAGUCGGUGGCCAUAGCGGGCGUGGGUGGCAAGGCGCAUGCGGCAGCCGAUCUGGAGCUGGACUUACACAGAGCUUUCUCACCGAUCAUCUUUGAGGAGUUUCCCUAUUAUGGAGGCCUGCGCGGACAGUCGUUGCAGCUGCGCGGCGACAACGAUGGCAGCGUUAGGAGCUACAUUUUGAAUUCGCAACAGCAUCGAGCACAGCCGCGGGACUCGGAUGAUACCAUUAGUAUAGCAGCUGCCAGUAUUUCGGCGACUGCGGAUGAUGACGGUUCUAGCUCGAUCUCGGGCGACGCCACUGUUGGUCACUUGCCAGCGUCGCUGCCGCAUGACUUUAACAAAAUCCAGCUGGCCGCCGCGCGUCUGGUGGCCAUACAGGAGAUGGCCAAGCGCAAGGGCUCCUUCAGCGAUGAGGAUAACAAAAUCUAUGCCAGCAGUCUGCUAGAGUUGGGGCAAGCAGCACAGAAUCUGGCACUGUUGCAGCAGACAGGACAGAUCAAGGAUUUCAGCGUCUUGCUGCAGCCUGAACUGCUGGGUGGACCGCAAAAGAAACCCUCGAACCUUGGAUUGGAGGCCAAUAAUGUGGCUGAUCACAAAAUCGAUGAGCAAAAGAUUGAGGAGCCGGUCACAGAACAACAUUUCGGACCCGGCGAUUUUCUGCCACCCAACAACGAGGACCCCUAUGAAGACGUUAACGAUAGUGUGGCCAUCAUGGCACCCAAGAAAGAUGCAGCUGUGGCCGAAGCGAAGCCAGUCGGUCUAUCCAUAGCUGGCGAGGGCGGAGUGGCCUCUUCCAAGCCAAAUGCUGUAGCCCUCUCCGGUCGCAAUGGACUGGCCGUCGCCUCACCGAAAGCCACAGCCAUUGCCGGAGUCUCGCCCGAGGAGGCAGCUGCCUUCAGCAUUUCCUUGCCCUCUCGCAACCAAUUGGUCAUCAAAUCCCCGAACUUGGCGGCGGACAAAACCACGAAUGACGACUACGACUACAGCGACAUCCCUGCGGUUAAUUUCCCGCCUAGCCGUGAAUCGCCUGCCCGGCCCCGACUGCCCGUCCACUUCGAGGGCAGCGAUGCAUUGGUGCAGAAAUGGCGCACUGCGAUUGCCGAGGAGUAUGCGGCACGGAAGGCAGAUAAGCCUUUGAUUAGAGCGCCAAUCAAGCGACGCUUGCAUUCAGAAUAG